CGUGCAUUGAGUCUUAAAAGACGUUUGAAUAAGGAUCCAUCUUUUAGCAACGAUUACAUCGCAUUCAUGUCCAAGAUGUUGGUUAACGGUUAUGCAGAGAGAGUUCCAACCGAGCAGUCGACCCGUUGUGAUGGAAGGGUAUGGUAUAUACCUCAUCAUGGGGUGUAUCAUCCUAAGAAAAAAAAACUGCGGGUAGUCUUUGAUUGUGGAGUGACGUUUCAGGGGACAUCGUUGAACUCACAGCUUCUUCAGGGACCUGAUCUCACAAACUUGUUAGUGGGAGUGCUUACACGAUUCCGUAAAGAACCUGUAGUGCUCAUAGGAGAUAUUGAGGCCAUGUAUCAUCAGGUCCGAGUGCCGGCUGAAGACUCUGAUCUGUUAAGGUUCUUGUGGUGGCCUGAUGGAGAUUGCAGUCGGGAGCUGGUGGAGUAUAGAAUGACGGUACACCUGUUUGGUGCUACUUCCUCUCCUAGUUGUGCCUGUUUCGCCCUGAGGAAGUGUGCUGAAGACAAUCAAAGGUUCUUUAGUUCUAAUGCAGUUAACACGGUCUUGCAUCAUUUCUACGUUGAUGAUUGUUUGGUGUCCAUUGGCUCUGAAGAGGAAGCAGUCUUUCUACGUCGAGAGCUUAGUGCCUUGUGUGCGGAAGGUGGGUUUAAGCUCACAAAAUGGGUUAGCAACCGACGCACUGUUCUCGCUACUAUUCCUCAGGAUGAGCGCGCUAAGGAGGUGAAAGAUUUGGAUUUGAAUAGUGAUGCUCUGCCCAUAGAGUAUGUCUUGGGUGUACAGUGGUGUGUUCAAUCUGACUCAUUCAAGUUUAAAAUCACACUCAAAACUCAUCCACUCACAAGAAGAGGAAUCUUGAGAAGUUUGGGAUGGGACGAACCUUUGCCCUCUUCAGUGACUAAAGAAUGGACGGCUUGACUGGAAGAG